AUGUAUAAAGUUAUUACGCCCUCACAACAGAACGCCAUCACCGACAAUAAGCUAUCGUGUGGAUCCGCCCGAAGAAUGCCCCCGGACAUCCUAAAUGAAGACACCAGCGGGGACAUGUCGAUAUCGGAAGGCGAGAACACCACCCUUCUGUGCCGGGCCGCGGGACACCCCACCCCUAGGAUAACGUGGAAGAGGGAAGACGGCCAGCCGAUCCUCGUCAGGAAGGGGCUCAGAGAUUAUGCCAAAGUUGAAAUCUACAAUGGCUCUCACUUGAACUUCUGGCGAUUGGAUAGGCGACAGAUGGGAGCGUACCUCUGCAUAGCCAGCAACGACAUACCACCAGCAGUCAGCAAAAGGAUUUCGCUGAGCGUAAAUUUCGCCCCAGUGAUAAAGGUCCCAAAUCAGCUCCUAGGGGCACCCCUGAAUACAGACGUCCAGCUUGAAUGCUACGUGGAAGCAUACCCUAACACCAUAAAUUACUGGAUAAAAAAUCGUGGAGAAAUGCUUUUGAACGGGUAA